AUGACUAGCGGCGUAACUUUAGAUGACAUUAAGGGGAAUGCGCCAGACGACCAAAAGCAAAUGUGUAUUGGCGUGUUGGACUUUUACUCAAGUCUGAAGGAUCACUUUGCUUAUUCCGUGGGACAAAGACUGAAGCUACUAGAGGUUAGCGUUGGCCCUAUGAUAAACAAAAAGAGCCAGGCCAUUGUGGUGUGUGAGAUCAGCCUGGAAGAUGAUAUGCUUAAUUUGCUUGGAACUCUCCACGGAGGUUGUACCGCCUAUCUAAUUGACGUAUGCUCUUCAAUAGCAAUAGCGAUUGCGCCUCAAGGCGUUAAUAAUCCUGAAGAGUGGUGGGGAAAGGUAUCCGUCAGUCAAGCUUUGAAUGUUCUAUAUCAUGCUCCUGCUCGUUCCGGAACUACCCUGAGGAUUGUUUCGGAAACGAUCGUGCUAGGAGGCAGAGCUGGAACUAUCCGUUGUGAGAUUUGGGAUACUUCAAAUAACACAUUGGUUGCGAGUGGGACGCAUACAAAGAUGCCCCUGGCGAACAUGAGAAUAGGAAAGUUAUGA